CGCAGCCUCACAAACUUGCGAAUACUUGCGAUAGCAUUUUCGAUUAAUGAGUAAAUUAAUAUCUGUUAAUGUUCUGAAAGCAUGGCAUACAACUGCAGUGUUUUAGCAUCAAAUCAUUGAGCUAUCAAACACGUGAUACCCAUAAUAUUGACGAGGCAGCGACAAUAACGCUUUAAUUGGUUGGAACUUUAGUACUAAAUAAUUUGAAUCAUUAUGUUCAUAGUGGGCUUAACCGGUGGAUUGGCGACUGGAAAAAGUACAGUACUUUCAAUAUUUCGAGGAAAUGGCAUAGCAGUCAUUGAUGCAGAUGAAGUAGCUAGAAAAGUUUUAGAACCUGGAACGAAAGCGUGGAAGGAGCUAAGAGAUUACUUCGGAGAUGAAGUACUAUUACCUGAUGGUAAAGUCAACAGGGCGCGGCUAGGCGAAAUCGUUUUCGACGAUAUUGAGAAGAGGCGGAAACUAAACGCGAUCACACAUCCGAGGAUACAAACGGCGAUGAUGAAGAUGGCGGUAUCAUACUUCUUCUCUGGUCACAGCUACAUAGUCAUGGAAGUGCCAUUGUUGUUCGAGACCGGAAAAAUGUUGACCUUCAUGCAUAAAAUUAUCACAGUUGUUUGUGAAGAUCAUCAGCAACUAGAGAGAUUGUGUAAACGCAACGAUUUCUCGGAGACAGUUGCUAAGAAGCGCAUCACUUGUCAAAUGCCACUUGAGGACAAAGUGGCGAAGUCCCAUUUCGUUGUGGACAACUCGGGGAGCUUGAGCAGUACCAGGCAGCAGACGGAAGGCAUCAUCAGAGUCCUCAGACGAUCCAAGUUUACUUGGUAUUUCCGAGCAAUAAUUGGUAUUGCGUUCCUUUCUUUAGUUUUUGGCAUCGGACAUAUAAUCAGUAAUUUAAUGUAUAACAAAUGAAACAUAGUUGUAUUUAACGUUUAUUUGAAACCAAGGAAGCUUGCCCUGUAAUCGUAAUUUAGUGGUGUAGUCAGGUACAGUCAGGGAAGGUUCGUAUUUGACGGAACAAGCGUCGCGUUAAACAGACGUACAUGAAGAAACAGGUUUCCGGUACAGACAAAUCGGCACAGGUAUACUUAAUAUUGUAAUAUAAUCUAUUCACUCUCUUAUAAAGAAACAGGUUGUAAUAUCAGGUUUAAGGACAGAUUGACCUGUUUCUUUAUGCAAGCACCCUUACCGAUGAUGCGUCAGUGCGUCAAUCAUACAUUUACGAUACGCUCGACGCAUUUUCCGUCAGAUGCGAACCUUCGCUCAGGCCCAAGUUCAUCGACAGUAUAAACGUCGGUUUUCUUAAAACAACAGCCUACUAUGAAUUUGACUUUCAAUGUUCAGAGUGAACAGUUGUUCAAACAAAAUGGACGUUUAUAUUGUCGGCGAACUUCGGCCUAAGUAACAUUAGAUAAACUACGGGUUUUAGAUAAAUUACGUAGUGAUUUUAUGUACAAACACUUGUGUGAGUGAAGUUACUAAUUAUCAACACAGUCAUGUUAGUUAGCAAGCUACCUUAUUUGUAUUGGUUAAGGGACGUUUCAUGUAAAUACUGACAAACCAGUAGUGCAGCUUUUAUUUAUGGGAAAUCAUAAAAUGGCUCCUCCCGCUGUGGGUUAGCAGCGUGAGGGAGUGUCAGACUUACUGACUAAAACCUAUCAUGUUCUUUCGUUGGCCUUUCAUGUACCCGGGCUGCGGUAAAUUUCGAACAAUCCCGCAGCCCCGGCGGGCCUAGGCCCUGCAGGGCCCCGCUGGGGACCAGUGUUGCAGCUGCGGCCGACUUCAUGCAGUCGCCGCAUGUGCGGCCGGCAGUUUGCAUUCAAAACGUACCUUUGCUUGUUGUUUUUAUAACUUAAAAAGAUAUUUCUUUUUUUUUCAAUGUUCAAGUAUACUUAGUUACCGGCACGGAUUUUGAGCUCUCGGCGGAAGAGUGGGGAUCGCUUUGCGCACUGUACACAUAAGGCAAUAAAGCAAUAAAUCGCUUCUGCGCAGGUGAAGGUCAGGGCUCAAUAUCCGUGCCGAUGAUUAUAAGUAUACAUUAAUACAUAGAAUCCUGCUACUUCUGAUCCUAUUUUAUGGCAUAAACAAUAGAAUUAUUAAAGCAACUGCUGCUGUGUAUGAAUGCGUGUUUUGUGUGUGUAUGUAUGUAUAUGUUGUCUUACCACUGACUGUACUUGUGUAUUUUAAAUAUUAACUUAGUUGGAGUCCUAGUUUUACGGCAUAAGCAAUAUAUAUGUGAAUAUCUUGUGAUCAAAUAAACAAUAUUAAUAUUAUCAGUGUGAUAGUUCUAUUAGUGUGUGUAGAUUCUUAAGUAUAAGUCAGUAAUUUAGCUUGACUUUAUUUAAUGCUAGAGGCCGGAAUGGAUGCACUUAAUAGCAAGGCUUUCCCAGCCUUAUUGAAUGAAUGUUUCCGUCGGAACAAUUUUACGCACCCGGAUAAGAAGUAGCUAAUAUACAUAAUAAAAAAAAUCAGACCCGUAGUUUUUGAAAGUAGAGUGUUAAAAAGAAGAAACAAAUAAAACAUAUUUUUUCUUUUUUGUAAUCAUCUUUCUAAUAGUAAAUUAGUAUGAAUUAGUUCCGACAAUUUCAUAGUUCGUUGUAAUGAUGUGAACUAUUUACAAAAUUGAAACAUGAAUGCUGCGUGCUAUCCGGUAUUCAUCACAAUGUAGAUUUUAAAUAAAUAGCCAAAGCAAUAUUAAAAUGUUAUGUAAUUUAUAUUAUUUUACAUUUUGUACCUAUAACGUAAGCUUUUCAUCAAACGGUAAUAAUAAUAGGGGAUGGUGGGAAGGGAACAUACAAAUUGGUUAAUUUUAGAUGUUAAUAUUUGGUGUGUCAUUCCGAAAUAUGACUCAGUCAACUCAGUCGAAGUGUAUCUUAUUGGUGUACAGACAGACAUCAAUCUAUGUCAUUCUGUCUUUCUUCAAUAGAUUUUCAACCUUAUCACAAUAGUGGAGGGUUCAUGUUGGAUUGACCUGCUGGCGUCUAUCUCAUAAUAUGAGACUCAUAUUGGUCAUAUUAUACUGCUGCGAAAAGUUUAGCCUAUUUUGUGUCAAAUGUGAGUCAAACACAAACACUAUUCGAUUAUAUAGCAUCGAUGAAUGAUGUCAUGAGCACUGGCCGUAUUUCGAAAUACACGUUUAAAUAGUAUUUAUUUAAUUCAGGUUAUGGUAAGCAAUGUGGAUUGUAAUGUACCUAUUGUGCUCAGUUAAAUAUAUUGUAGAAUUUAACAGUGUUAGCUAACUAAUGUCAAAUGAUAUAUUUUGUUAAUAGAAUUCACCAACUUAUUAAUGUUUUAUAUGAGCAAUAAAUCAAAGAGAAAUAGUCUAUAGUAGUUCGCCAAGUUCUAAUGGGUACGUGUCAGAGUCAGCCUAUUUCGAAACUUGUGUUCAGCAAUAAAACUUAGCCAGCUUAAGUGAAAUGUGUUGUUUAGUAAAUAAUAGAAAUAUAAGUACAUAUUGUUAAAUUGUGAUUAAACACGCACAUUAUUUUAAAAUA